AUAUUAUUGAAUGGUGGAUAUGUGGUAGAAUAGUUGGUAAAUUUUGCUUAUAAAUAACAAGUAAAUUCAUUGUCAAACUCAUUCAAAAAUCUCAAUAACAAAACAAGUCUCAGAUUUUUUUUGGUUGUAUGGCUGGUCGUCCACCUUCUCGUCACAAUUGGGUUCAGGUUGAGGAGAUCCUGUUGAUUUCAGUACUGAAAUCAAUGGUGGAGUCCCGAUUGUGGACCACCGGGAGUGGACACUUUCGUCCAAGUUACUUGAGGUAUUUGAAACGUAUCAUGGACAGUGAUUUUCCUGACGCUGGCAUUGAGGAAUGGCAUAUUGAAGCGAAGGUAAAGCAGUGGCGUCGUACUUGCUUCAUCAUUGUGGGCCUAAUUGAUCGUCCCAGAUUUGAAUGGGACGCAAGUCAAAACAUGGUGGUAGCUGAAGACGAUGUUUGGACUGCAAUCCUCCAAGUUAAUCGACAAGCUCCGGUGGCAAGAGAUGUUCAAUUUCCAUUGUUUGAUGACUGGCGUGUUUGCUUCAUUCCCCCUCCCGAGGAGCCGGAGGAAUAGGUGUAGAUCGCGGAAGAAUAAAUUGUAUUACCCAU